GUAUUCCAAGAAGUACCGCACGAAGGGCAGACCCGGCAUCGCCCGCUACCUUGUGAACUUCAAGCGUGGAGACUACGUCGAUAUCGUGGCAGAUCCCUCCAUCCAGAAAGGCUUGCCCUAUUCCCUCUAUCAUGGACGCACCGGCAUCGUGUUCAACGUCAACCUCAACGCUUUGGGCGUAGAGAUCACCAAGAUUGUGGGAAACCGCCAGCUGCGAAAGCGUAUCCAUGUGCGCAUUGAGCACGUGCGCAAGUCUCGCUGCAACGAGGCUCCGUGCUCGGGAAGCUAG